GCAGCAGCUCAGGAGCCACAGCUGCAGUUGAGUCUUCACUAAGCGAGGAGCGACAGUGAGAGAACAAGGCCGCUGGGAGCUUCAUGAAGAACCGCGUGAAGCGGUGAUCAUGUUCAACCGCUAGACACAAAGUCAGAGCAGUGGAAAGACGAAGACGCAGCAGUCACCAUGAUUGAUCUGAGUUUUCUGACGGAGGAGGAGCAGGAGACCAUCCUGGCUGUGUUGAGAAGAGACGCCGAGCUGAAGAAGGCUGAGGAGCAGCGUGUCAAGAACCUACACAAGACUGCAAGUGACAGGGGCCAGCUGAGGUACAUGACUGGCGAAUGGUUCUACGAGACCAAGCAGCUUCGCCAUCAGGACCGCAUCCACGGCUCCGACAUCAUCAGGGCCUCCAUGAGACACACACAUAAACCACUGACUAUACUGGAGCUCUCCCAGAUACUGCCUGAGAAGCCCAGUUUUGUCAGCAGUGAGAAUAAAGAAGUGUUCGUCCCCGCUGUUCUGUGCGGAGUCCUUCAGGAGCCUCACAUGCAGCUCAGCAAUGAAAGUUAUCAAUACCAGAACCCUUUUGAAACACCACAAGAUACACCUAAACCAGUUUCACCAACAAAGCAAAGAAAAAAUCCAUUCAACAGCGAGGACCCUGCAAGUCAAGGGAAGUACAGUCGGUUAUUACACGGGGCAGUGGAUCAAUCCCGGACACCAAAUGAGGGGCCUUUACCAUCAUCUGACAGCUGCAUUUCUUUUGCUAGCAACCUUAAACAAGACCCUAAUGAUAGCCCAGUCAGCCAGAAUGCAUCUGUUCCCCUGCCACUGCCUGAAAACUCUUUUACUGAGGUAGACGUGUCAGGAGGUAGACAGGCUAACUUUGCUGCUCCGCGUGGCAUCCUCAAGCACUUGUUUAAUUCUAGCUCCUCCGACUCCCUGAUCUCUCACUUGGAUCCACAGAGUCCAGUUAGCCUGCAUUCUCCCACUGAGACCUGGCUAGACAGGAAGCAGGUGAGAUUCAGCUCAAUGGUCAGUCUGAGCACAGUGGAGUGGCAGGAUGGGAAGGAGCUGGGAGAGCACAGUUUGUUGGACUUCGACUCCAUCGCUCUCUCUGAGAUGGAAAAUAAUAGUGACCUUGAGAAUACCGUCAGUGUCACUGUUAGCACAAAUAGGCCUUUACUCAGUCCACUGGAUUCUCAUGAACUCAGUUGCAAAAAUGAGGCAAACCUCCAAGAACAACAAGUUGGUCAACACCAGGUCCUUGGUGAUGUAUCUGAGCAUUGUCAUUCGGAGUUCCUAAGCCCCUCAGUGUCUGGACUAAUUUCUGCUGAACAGGAGUCAGGUAAGCAUGUUCACCUGGAGACAGUGCCUGAAGAGGACUGUGACUCUCAGGCUAAGGCCACAGACUGGCAAACUGGACACAAUAUUCACCAAAAGCUGCCUGAACAGAGCACUCAGCAGGACAAUUCUGUUGAGGUUACCUCAGAUACCAAGCUGUCAACUAGUUGCAGUUCAAAGGGUUCAUCUCAUGCUGUUUCACCAAAGCCCAGACAAAGGCUGCUUGGAAUUUUUAGUAGAGAAAAAGAUAAAACUACCGAGGUACAGAGUCCAGAGAAAGAAGAGGUGACGAUAUCUAAGCAGAAAGAAUCUGGCAACACCCAGAAUCUCUCCCAAGGUGCUGCAGAUACCACUGUGGACAAACCUGCAAGUGUCACAACAGAAGCUAAAUCCUCUGAGAUGACAGCGGUCAGAACAGUACAACUUACAGCACUGCAAAACACUCCAUUUGAAGAAACAGAAACCUCAGUAGAUGCAGACAGUCAGCAAGAGACAACAGAAGGCAGGGUUGUUCAGCUUCCAGAAAAGCUAUCCAAUCUGAAAGCUUUCUGGAAGAGAGAAAACAGUGGUCCCAAAAUAAUAUUUACCAGAGAAGAGGCAAGGCACAAAGACAUCACCAAGACAGAAAUAGAAGCUUUGCAUAGCCCUCAGACUAACUCAGAUGUGGAAAGCAUAAACAACAAUCUUUUGUCUCAAAUGGAACUGACAGUUGAGGAUACUGCUGGAAUAGUCCAAGAAAAGAGUUUGUCAUCACUGACUAACAGUAGUCUGUUAGUAGAUUUAUCUAAAGAAGAUGGCACAUACAGAGCAAAUCCAGUCCUCAUCUAUGAAGAGACAGAUGACUCUUUAACUGGUUCAGUAACAGAGUCACAGAUUUCUGAGCCAAAGGAAAAUACUCCUGUACCUUCCUCUGUAGCCUUCAACACCCCAAAUCAAGAGGGGGAUAUUAUAGUUCCCCUUCCCAGGAAAUCUUGUUACAGUCUUGAAGACAAGCCAGCCGAGAUCAGUCAGCCUAAGAAUCUCUGGGAGAAGGAGUAUAAAGCACCCAGGGUAAUCGCUGAAACAGUCAAGGAAAGCUCAAGCAGUUCAGUACUCAGUAACAAAGUGGUUUCCGCUGAGUCUGAUCUGAGAACAUCCUUGGAUAGCAGCGGGAAGUCUGAAGCAGAAGUAGAAACGUCUCCAUACAAAACCAAGUCGAAUGUUGUCUCAAAAUCAUUAAUUGUGACAGACAAGGGUUUUGUCAGCCCAGACGGGUUACAGCUGAGGAGUUCUGGUAGUAAUGGGGAUGUACACUCAACAUGUCACCUAUACCAAGUCAAGGCUGAUACAGAAGCUCAAGAAAGGCCCCUCAGUCCUAGUAAAUCCCCAACUCCAAGAUCAAAAGACCUGGAUGAUGAAGUCAGGAGGAGUCCAUCCAAGACCUGCCACCCAAGGGUCCUAGAAUCCUCCAGUCCUACAAGAUCCAGGCUGGAAGGCUCUCCCUUGAGAACCUUUCUAAUAAAUAUUGACCCCCAAACUAAGGUUGCUGAUGUGCAUCAAGGGAAGCCGACACCAGUGCCAAGACAGAGGAAGAGUCCCUCUAAUGAAGUAAAGCCGGCUGUGUCGACAGACACUAAACCUUGCGCAGACAUCACUUCUUGUCCAGAAGACAGUGGGACUUCUUCUGGUAAUGUGAAUACACAACAAAGUAGCUCAAGCUCCUCUACUUCAAAAUCCAAAAAAGCCUCAGAGAAGUUAGCUACCUUUACACGUCUUGCCAGAUCUUUCAUCCCUCAGGAUUAUCAGCACUACAUUGGGCCACAGGAGAAGGCCCAUGUUCCUUCUUUUCACCAAGAGAAAGCUGCUUCUGCUGCUGCUGCUGCUGCAGACAGUAAUGUGGUACACAGACCACAAAAUGCCCUCAAAGACUUUGUGGGAAACCAGAGUGACAGUCCAAGUGAGGGGACUCCUCCUAGGAUCAAUUCUUGGAUUGUGCAAAAUAAAGAUGGAAACUGCAGCCAAGGCACAACGACUAGGGCAUGGUCUCUGUCUCGGGCAAGUUCAAGCAGUUAUAAUGAGAUUUCUAGUCCUGUAAUGUCAGCUCUGAAACGACUGUCCUCGAAGAGCAGGUCCUCAUCUAAAAGUCUGGAAAACCUCAACUCACAAACAAGAGAAGAGAGGACCCAAAAUACCUCAAGAGAACAAAUUAAUCAAAGUGUGGAUGACGUCUCUCCUAAACCAUCAGCCUUCCCUCUCUCCAACUCAAAGCAGAUGAAAACAAGUGUGUCUGUGCCUGUUCUUCAGCAGGACGAGAUGGACAGUGACAACACUUUUGAGACCAACCUAGGCUGGAGAAGAAACACGGGCAGCUCCACGUCUAACCUAAGUCUGUCCUCAGGAAUGGCCUCCAUGUCAUCUGUGAGUGGCAGCAUGAGUAGCAUUUACCCUGCAGACUUUGGGGACAUUGAAGUCCAGGGGAGCCUCCAGUUUGCUGUGAACUACAUUCAGAAGCUUGGAGAGUUUCAUGUCUUUGUGGUACACUGCAGGGAUCUGGCAGUGGCAGACACCAAGAAAAACCGCUCUGACCCGUAUGUGAAAUGUUACCUUCUUCCUGACAAAACAAAGCUGGGAAAGAGAAAAACCAAUGUAAAGAAGAAGACCUUAAACCCCACCUACAAUGAAAUCCUCAGGUUUAAAAUCAUGAUAGAGGUGUUGAAAACUCAGAAUUUGAACAUCUCUGUGUGGCACAACGAUACUUUUGGGCGGAACAGCUUCCUGGGCGAGGUGGACCUGGAUCUGUCAGAGUGGGACUUCAGCAACACACAGAUAAAUGAAUAUGCAUUAAAACCCAGGGUCUUAGAACACACUUUGCUGUCCAUCGGACAUGAGGGAGAAGAUGUCAGAGGACAAAUGAGAGUCGCCUUGAGAUUCCUGCCGCAGACGUCCCACAGCAAGAGAACAUCAAGGAUGGAGACUGGUGAGGUGCAAAUUUGGGUGAAAGACUGCAAGAAUCUUCCUCCAGUCAGAGGAGUUAUUAUCGACCCGUUUGUGAGAUGCACCGUACUUCCCGAAACAAGCCGUAAAAGCCGGCAGAAGACGCGGGUGGUGAAGAGAACGGCCAACCCGAUGUUCAACCACACCAUGGUGUACGACGGCUUCCGACCGGAUGACCUCAGAGAGGCCUGUGUGGAGAUCACGGUGUGGGAUCACGACCGGCUGAACAACCACUAUAUUGGCGGUCUGAGGCUCGGGCUGGGGACAGGGAAGAGCUACGGGGUGGAUGUGGUUUGGAUGGAUUCAACAACAGAUGAAGCAAAUUUAUGGCAGAGGAUGUUACAGUCUGAUGGUGAAUGGGUGGAGGAUGUUUUACCUCUGAGAAUGUUGGUGAUGGCAAAAAGCAAGUGAGAUCGUAUAAAAUGCGCUGAUGUGUGUGUGGAAACUUAAAGCUGCAGUAGCUCAUUCUUAUAAAAAUAUGUUAUGUCAUAUUUGCUG